AUGUGCAAACACGUCCUCAACGUCCAGGCUUCCAUCCGCGCCCCUUGCUGCAAACUAUGGUUCGACUGUGCCGAAUGCCAUGGCGAGAUCUCGGACCACCCCUUGAGAAAGACGACCGAGAUGGUCUUUGGCUGCAAAAAGUGCAAAAAAGUCUUCCGCAAGGAUAUGGACCACUUUGAGGAGGAGGAUGAGUACUGCCCACACUGCGACAACAAAUACAUUGUCGAGGCCAAGACGCCUCAGAUGGCUAUCUCUGUCGAGGGACAUGACGAGAGGAUGGGCGAGAGAUUCGAGAAGGAUAUGCGGUUGAAGGAAGACACCUUGAAGACUGUCUUUGACAUGAAUUCAGAUAUCUCUCACAGAAUGGGAUAA